ACUCCUCCUCGUCUCCUGUGUCAAACUUGACAUCAGCCUGUGAGCCGAGAAUGGUAACUUGUGUCGGAACAGAAGCCCUCACAUGAGUGGCAUGCUUCUUGGAGUUAUGUACUUUGCUUUGCCCCCUGAAAUACUAUCAUGGAUUGCAAAACCUUAAUACUUUGCCUUUUUCUCUUCACGUGUAUUUCGAGUGCUGAAUUCAUUAUUCAUCCGUCCAACGAAGUUAACCUGCUGGACUCCAAAGCAAGCCAAGGAGAGCUGGGUUGGAUAUCAUACCCAUCCCAUGGGUGGGAGGAAAUUAGCGGGGUGGAUGAGCACUACACGCCCAUCCGGACGUUCCAGGUGUGCAAUGUAAUGGAGUACAGCCAGAACAACUGGCUGAGAACCAAUUGGAUUUCAAGGAAUUCUGCCCAGAAGAUCUAUGUGGAGCUCAAGUUUACCCUUAGGGACUGCAACAGUAUUCCCAUGGUCCUGACCUGCAAAGAGACAUUCAACUUGCACUACCUAGAGACAGAUGAGGACCAGGGUAGUAAUUUCCGCGAGCACCAGUUCUCAAAAAUAGACACCAUUGCCGCGGACGAGAGCUUUACUCAGAUGGACCUGGGUGACCGUAUCCUCAAGUUGAACACGGAGGUCCGUGAGGUGGGACCGAUGACUAAAAAGGGCUUUUACCUGGCUUUCCAGGAUGUAGGAGCCUGCGUAGCAUUGGUUUCGGUCCGGGUGUACUUUAAAAAAUGUCCUUUGACGGUGAGGAACCUGGCUAUGUUUCCUGACACAGUACCCACGGACUCUCAGUCACUGGUGGAGGUUAAAGGCUCCUGCGUCAACAAUUCCAAAGAAGAGGAAGCACCUAAAAUGUACUGCAGUGCCGAGGGAGAGUGGCUGGUGCCUAUUGGAAAAUGCCUGUGCAACGUAGGUUACGAGGAGAGAGGAGUCGUCUGCCAAGCCUGUCGUCCUGGCUUUUAUAAGUCCUCCUCUGGGAACGUCAAAUGCUCCAAGUGUCCUCCACACAGCUACGCACACCAGGAAGGCUCGGUGCACUGUGGCUGUGAGAAGAACUAUUUCCGUGCUGAAGAUGACCCCAUCUCGAUGGCCUGUACCCGACCUCCUUCUGCCCCAGGCAACGUGAUAUCAGUAAUCAAUGAGACGUCAGUGAUUCUAGAUUGGAACUGGCCGGCCGACAACGGAGGCAGGAAGGACAUGACAUUUAACGUGGUGUGUAAGCGAUGUUGGCCUGGUCCCAGGCGGUGCGAGCCAUGCAGAGGGGCUGUGCGGUUCCUGCCCCGCGCCACUGGCCUCACUAACACAACGGUAACUGUGGCAGACCUCCUGGCACACACCAACUACACAUUUGAGAUCGAGGCACAAAAUGCAGUGUCCUAUCAGGCUCCUCUGCUCCGCCAAUACGCUGCAGUUACUAUUACUACCAACCAAGCAGCUCCAUCUGCGGUGACUAUAAUCAGGAAGGACAAAACAUCAAGAAACAGCAUCUCACUGUCUUGGUUGGAGCCAGAGAGACCCAAUGGGAUCAUAUUGGACUAUGAAGUCAAGUACUAUGAGAAGCAGGAGCAAGAAACCAGCUACACCAUUCUGAGGUCAAAGGGAACGAACGUAACACUGAAUGGAUUAAAACCCGACACCAUGUACCUGCUGCAGAUCAGAGCUCGCACCGCCGCUGGUUACGGCCAUAGCAGUCGCAAAUUUGAGUUUGAGACCAGCCCAGACUCUUUUUCUAUCUCCAGUGAGAACAGUCAGGUAUUGCUGAUCGCUGUCUCGUCUGCUGUAGCCAUCAUCCUGCUCACUGUACUGAUCUACAUUGUGAUAAGCAGGUUCUGUAGAUAUAGCAAGUCUAAACAUCCGGAAGAAAAGAGACUGCCCUUUGGCAAUAGUCACUUAAGAUUGCCUGGAAUCAAACCCUACGUGGACCCACAUACUUACGAAGAUCCGUGCCAAGCCGUGCACGAAUUCGCCAAAGAGCUGGAAGCGUCUUGCAUCGCUAUCGACAAAGUAGUUGGGGCAGGGGAGUUUGGAGAGGUGUGCAGUGGCCGAUUAAAGCUACCAUCUAAGAAGGAGAUAUGUGUAGCCAUCAAGACACUUAAAGCCGGAUACACGGAGAAACAAAGACGGGACUUCCUCAGUGAAGCAAGCAUUAUGGGACAGUUUGACCACCCCAACAUCAUCAGAUUGGAGGGUGUGGUCACACGCAGUAGACCUGUGAUGAUAGUGACUGAGUACAUGGAGAACGGUUCGUUGGACGGCUUCCUACGAAAACAUGAUGCCCAGUUCACAGUUAUUCAGCUGGUGGGCAUGCUGCGUGGCAUCGCAUCGGGUAUGAAGUAUCUAUCGGAUAUGGGUUAUGUGCACAGAGAUCUGGCCGCACGCAACAUUCUGGUCAACAGCAACCUAGUGUGUAAAGUGUCCGACUUUGGCUUGUCCAGAGUGCUGGAGGAUGACCCAGAAGCUGCAUAUACGACACGAGGUGGCAAGAUUCCAAUUCGAUGGACAGCGCCUGAGGCCAUUGCUUAUCGCAAGUUCACCUCAGCCAGUGAUGUAUGGAGCUAUGGGAUUGUGCUUUGGGAGGUCAUGUCUUAUGGAGAAAGACCUUACUGGGAAAUGUCCAAUCAGGAUGUGAUAAAAGCGGUGGAUGAAGGCUAUCGUCUUCCACCACCCAUGGAGUGUCCAGCCACCCUUUACCAGCUGAUGCUGGACUGCUGGCAGAAAGACCGGAACAAUCGGCCAAAAUUUGAGCAUAUAGUCAGCAUCCUCGACAAGCUCAUUCGCAAUCCUAGUAGUCUCAAAAUCACAGCCAGCACGACUUCCAGGCCUGUGAACCUGCUUUUGGACAACAGCACUGAAUUCACUUCUUAUCAUACAAUGGGUGAUUGGCUGGAGAGUGCGAGAACUUUGCCCUGUAAAGAAGCAUUUAGUGGGGUCAGCUACAGCUCCUGUGAUACACUGGCCAAAACCUCUGCAGAAAUCUGUAUGACUGAAAUCAGACCAGCAGCCACAUGUCCUGAAUGGGAGCCGUCCAUGGGAAUCACAACACUCUAAUACAGUACUUGUAGAUGGAUGGGACUUCAGGAAAGUUGGUGUGACGAUCGUUGGACCUCAAAAGAACAUUGUGAGCAGCCUAACAACACUUGAAACCCACAAAAAGAACGCUCCAGUUCCUGUUUAAAGAAAUGGGAGAGAUACUUAUAUGAGAUUGAUGCUGCUUUGGCUUUAAUGGACAGGAAAUAGAUUCAGGAAAAGAGGAAGUGGAAUGCUUGAAGAUGUGGAGAGCAGAACAUCCUUCCGGGAGAAUGAUUAUUUCUUCCUCUGCGUACAAGGUGCAAAACGACAAGCAUGUCCCCCAGUUAUUGAAAUGUUGCCUUAUCCUGAGACAUAAAAUGGACAGUGGGCCUUGUGUUUAGGAAUCUAUGAUCCUGUCCGAUCUCCAUGCUCCAGUAGUAGGUGGAAGCCGGUCUGAUCCAAAUGGAUUUAACAAAGAAUGCUUCUUAAAAUGUGUCAAGGGAGCAUCAAAAUGCCUUUAGGACAAACUUUGUAAAAUAAUCAGUCUUCCUUUUGGAAGGUAGCACUUCAGAGGCAAUAGCUUGAGCCCUAGAGUAUUAGCAGUGUCGGGGCACAUGAAGAAAAGCAUAUAAAUACUAAUAAGAGCCUGCAGAAUUCUCGAAGGAUUUUCAGACUGCACUUGAGUUGGACGUCUCCGGGUGGACGAACGUUUCACACUUCUAAUUUAGAAGCGGGGUUAACAUCACAUUUUACCUGGGUUAAUAAAACCCUACUCUGAAGCAGGGUUAGCACCGCUUUUGCCGGGGUAACCCCGCAAUGCGGUGCCAAACAUGUGCAGUAUGAAAUAACCAGAAUAUUACUACCAGAUGCUUGCACUCAAAAAAAUGCUGGGUUAUUUUAAACUCAGCAUUGGGUCAAAAGGGAUGAACCCAACCUGUUGGGUUGUAUUUUAACCUAUGCUGGGUUGUUUUAACCCAUUGUUGGAUCAAAUAUAAACAGUUAAUUUAAAGUGCACCUAUUUCAUUGCUAAAAAUAACGUUAUUUUGUGUAUUUGGUAUAAUACAAUGUGUUCGCGUGGUUUAUGGUUUAAAAAAACACAUUAUUUUUCACAUUCCGUACAUUUUUGUAGCUUCAGAUUUCACUCUCUUCCUGAAACGCACGGAUUUGAAAAUCUUUGUGUCCCUGAUUGGCCACCGAAUCUUUACAUUGUGAUUGGCCUGAAUACCUCAGCCGGAAAUGUGACGCUCCUUACCAUGUUUGAAAGAUUCACUCACAAUGCAAUCCUAACAGGAGUUAACUUUCAGGCUAAAGCGGGAUGAAUUAUGAUAAUGUCGAUCUUGUCUAUGUCACCAAUCACUAGGGUUGGGUAUUGGCAAGGGCCUCUCGAUACGAUACGUAUCAUUAUUCGAUGUAUCACGAUACGAUACAAUACGUUGCAUGUUGCGAUACAUUGCAAUGCUUUUUCUUUUUUAUUAAAAAUGUAAAAAAAGAGCUGAUUUUUUUUUUACUUUUUUUUUAAAGCCAAAGUGCGUUCACACAAAGCUGCAGGUGUUUUUAAAAUUUCUGCUAAUUUUCACUCCCGCUAACUUCUGAGACAUUGGCCGUAUAUGACAGACAACUGGACAGCAGCGGCGGAGGAGGUCGUUUGACGCACACAGAGGGAUUAUUUUUUUUAUAUCGAUAGUAGAGAAUGAAAUAUCGAUACACUAUAGUGGAAAAAAGUAUCACAAUAUUUUUGCACAGCCCUACCAAUCACAGGAAGUAAAUGAUUGCCUACAAUCCGUGUGUUGUAGUCCAAGAAAAGAGAUUUACGUUGGAGACGAUAACUCGCGUCAUCGUUUACUUUGGGGUUUGUACUUUUUGCACAUCGUUAACAUGUACUAAUACACACUUACACACCAAAGGAAAAUCGUGAAUCGGACAAUACACUGAAAAAAAAUUUAUUCAUUCAAUUUACUCAAUUUUUUAAGGUAAGUGGUUGCAAUCAAUUUAUUUAAGCUACAUUU